AUGGUCUGGCAGGAGAUCGUGAGCGAGUGGCUUCCUGGCCGUGAGGGUUACAAAUGGGGCUUCAAAGACCUCACGCUCAAUAUGCCCGACGUCGCUAUCAUCCGGGUCUGGGCAUUAGUCCAGGAUCCUCAAGUUUCAGAUGGGUGGACCGAGUGCCAGAUCUUGCUUAUCGAAUGCAAGCGUCCAUCCAGCGACACUUCAUUGGGCUGGCACAUCACCCUCCCUGCCCAACUCGGAGAUGAUCUCUCACAAUCCCCAAGCUUUGCCGAACGACGAUUUGGUACAAUUUCUAUUGGCAAGAAAUUGAGAUUUUACCGAUUUGACGGACGAGCACAAACUCAAAAAGAGUGGUUCCACUUGAGUAGGGCACCUUCGAUAUUGGGGGACCAAAUGAUAUCGCACAGAUCCAGAAUAUGA